UAUGCUAAACAAUCAAACCAAUUAAGAAUAAAUAUAUAGCAACGAUAAUCAAUUGGAAAAUACUUGUCCAUAAACUAAAUUAUGUAAAUAGUCUGAUCCAAUUGCUGAAUGGGAAGAUUAGAAGACAGAAUCUAUUCUUAAGAGUAAUCAUCUUUCAAUCACUUCAGAUGAUUAAUCUUAAGACAGAAAAAGAUUUUAUUCUAAUAAUGAAUUUAGAAAAGUGUCAUUUGAUGAAAGUCUCAAUACAGUGCAUACUUAUUCUAAAGAUAAUAAAAAAGAAAUCAAAAAUUUUGAGACUAGUUUUAAACAUAAGAAAAAGGUAGACAAAUCUGAUAUUCCAAAAUCUAAGAGAUUUGGAAAUCACAAACAGAGAAAAAACUCUUUUUGAU